AUGGAGGCGAGCAGGGGUUUGUCUUCAAGACUGGAGAGAAAAGCACUAGAAAAGGCCAAAAUAGUACAACGGGAAAGGGAGCGGAAGAUAUUUAAAUUGGUUGGUAAGGCGUUAAAGAAGCCUGAGGCGGAGCGCUCGGAGGAGGAGGCCGCGGUUCUGCAGCUGCACCGGGACACCGUGGAGGAGCUGUGCAGGAGGCAGCUCCGCAGAGCUGUCCUCAAGAGGAAACAAGAUGAGAUUUUUGAUGAUUCUGAUGAGUUGAAUUACAAAGUGAGGCAGCUGGCUCAAGCUGUUAAACAGGCGAAAACAGUGGUGGUUUACACAGGAGCUGGCAUUAGCACGGCUGCCUCUAUUCCAGACUACAGGGGUCCAAAUGGGGUUUGGACACAACUGCAGAAGGGGCGAACAAUCAAUUCAUCUGAUCUUAGCAAAGCAGAGCCAACAUACACACAUAUGUGCAUUAGAGCAAUGCAUAAGGAAAAGCUGGUGAAUCAUGUUGUUUCACAGAAUUGUGAUGGUCUUCAUUUACGUAGUGGCCUUCCAACAAAAGUCUUAUCUGAGCUUCAUGGAAAUAUGUUUAUAGAGGUCUGUACCUCCUGUACUCCUGUGAGGGAGUAUGUGCGUUUAUUUGAUGUUACUGAGCGGACGUCACUUCACCGGCACGGUACUGGCCGUGACUGCAGUCACUGCGGCAGUGAACUCAGAGACACGAUUGUGCACUUUGGAGAGCGGGGAACUUUAGAACAGCCUCUAAACUGGGAAGGAGCUGCACAGGCUGCCAAAACCGCAGACGUCAUUAUCUGUUUAGGUUCAAGUCUAAAGGUGCUAAAGAAAUAUCCAUGUUUAUGGUCCAUGAACAGACCAGCAACCAAGCGGCCACAAUUAUACAUUGUUAAUCUUCAGUGGACACCGAAAGAUGAUUUGGCUGUGCUUAAAAUUCAUGCCAAAUGUGAUGAUGUUAUGAAACUUCUAAUGGAGGAGCUUAACAUACAUGUUCCACCCUAUAACAGGACAGAGGAUCCCAUCUUUUCCUUGGCAACGCCUUUGAACCCGGAAGAAGCCAAAAGUCAUUCUCGUGAAGUCAUUACUCCGUCUGUUGGGGAGAUAGUCUCUGCUAACACGGAAGACGCCAUCGAAACGUCGUCUGUCCAAGGUGGUUGGUUUGGACGUGGUUAUCGCAAAGGAAGAACUGGGAAGAAGAAACCAGUUUGA